AUGUCGACCUGUCAAGAUGUCGAGGAGCACUCCGGCGGCAAUUCCUGGCGUGCCGCACGGAUGGACGAAAACCUCACUGAGGAUGAGUUCUACGCCGGCCCACUGCGCGGUGUCUUGGGGAAGCUAGCUCGCAUCAAGGUUCUCCAGAAUAUUCAGACUCUGGUCCUGGACGAGCUAGCUUCCGUCACUCACGAUCUGAUAAGUGACAUCGUCCUCGGCCCGGAGUACAACGUGCGUAUUCUGAGUGUUCGACGAUGUCUGAACCUCAACCACUCCAAACUGCAGCAGCUGUUACGCCACAUUUGUCGGCCGAGCAGGCCAGAGGGCACUCCACGAUUACAAGGCAUAUACGUCUUCACGCAACCCGCACCAAUCAACCAGCAAACGUCUGACUCCAGUUUUCUGGCGUCUGGUGUCACCGGUUCACAAGGGGUGCAGCUCGGAGCCGCUGCCGUGCCGCACGGAGAGCCUGGCGUGAGCGGGAUCGAUCCUUGGUACGCACCAAGCGGGCAAGUCAUUACGCUAGGCCACGCGCAGCGAAGUUCUUGGGAGGAAACUCUCAUGGCAUGCAAGGGGAUCAUCAGCUUCGACGCCGUCCUGUGCACUCAUAUGCACGCCGACAUGGCUCCAGUGCUACAUGUCGCGUCUCGGGACUAUCUGACCGAGAACAAGGCGGGAAUCCCACCGCUGGCCACAAUCGCCCUCGGCCCCAGUGGGUGUGCAGGCUGCGGUCGACCUCCCGCCGGCGCACCGGUUUGGGGGGAAAGCGAUCCUUCUGAGUUCCCGCUCCUCUGGCCGCCUCCCUCGAGCGGAAGAGUCGUUGACGCCGUCCGGCCACCCCUCCGCCUAGGCGAGAAUGGAGAGGCCCUGCCCCAGCGCCUGAUCGUCUCCUGCACAUGGUGUCUCACGAACAGACACUGCGAGAGUUGCCACCGCUGGUGGUGCGCCGACUGCUACAAUCCGACGGUUUCGAAGAAGCUGAGCGAUCUGGAAAGACUGAGUCGAGCCGGACUGUCGUACCUGCCCUCGAGGGAGGAGCUUGACAAUGGAGCAACGAGCGGUGAACGUGGCGACCACAUCAAGGUAUUUAAUCGCCUCUGUGUUCAAUACUGUCUGGUCGAUGAGUGGAUGGUCGGGGCUGGCGGCGGCGGUAUGUGGGGAUAG